GCAGGUACCGUGGAGAACAGCAGAGGUAUUCUGAAGCUUCAACUCUUGGACUUCUCUCGGGGACACAGGAGUGAACACAGUUGACUGGGAUACGUUGGCGGCCAUCACAUUUCUGCAGAACUGACAAUCACUGCACAGCAAGAGGAAUACGGGAAGAAGACACAUGGGAAACAUACUGUACAAGAGUACAUUCUGCAGCACACACGGAUGCCGAACAUUGGACUUAAGCUACUUUGACGUACAUAACCACCAUCUUUAGAUCUGGAUCUGGAUUUAUCUUCCAUCCCUGCACCAAUGAUCCAACUUCAAGCCUUGAAAGACAUUGUUUCAUUUGUACUGAUUUGCUGACUACAGUAACUGCAUCAAUGCUGAAUUUUUCCCAUAUGCAACAGAGGUAGUUCACAUCAUCAGCUAGCAUCUUAACGUGCGUACACAGGAUUACAGAAUUAUCACAUGAAACAGUGCAAGCUGUUUAGUCUAAAGUCGAUAAUCUACACAAACCUGCUGCAUUCAGAACUAGCAGCAGUCCAUUAGCACUUAGAAAUAUUAAGUUGAGAGCAGGUCAGAGGUUCGGUUCUGGGUCCAGAUGUUCCUCAACAAGGUGCUGGUGGUCCUAACAGACCUGGCUGCCGGAUUCCUGGGUAACACCGUGUUCCGGCAGCACUUCCACCUUCUGCUGUCAGCAGUGGUGAUGUUCGGCCCUGCGCUGAGCCUCUGGGUCUCCCAGCACAGCGUCUUUGCCAAGAGAAGUCACUUCCUCUACAGGAUGUUCUUGCGCUCUGGUUGGGGCUGGACCUGCAUCUUUGUAGGCUCCUUCGUCUUCCUCCUUUCCUUCUCCAUCCGUCGCUCCCUGUCUCUCUCCAUACGUCACCUCUCCCGACUCGGGAUGGCUGGCGGAUUGUGGCUCGGUUUCUGUAAACUCCUGGACCUUCUGGAGAAUGCCACAGGAAGCUGCUAUGAGCCUUUACUCACUGGACCAGAGGUCACCAAUGGGCAGCCUCUGUUGGUGUUACGAGAAGGGGAGAGUAAGUCUAUGUGCCUCAAAGCUGGGCUGGUGUGGAGGGGGUAUGAAGUUUCAGAGGAUGUUUUCCUCCUCUGUCUAUGCUGUCUGCUGUUAGCUGAAGAAACAGCAGUGUUUGGCCCUUAUUUGAGUCUGGGCGGGAUCUCAGAUGCCCCUCUCAGAAUCCUCUUCCUGUUCUGUGUUCUCCUGCUUGGACUCUGGAUCUUUCUGCUGCUCUGUCUCUUAGCUUACUUCCCUCAGUUCCCCACACAGCUGUUGGGGGGCGCUUUGGGCUGUCUGAGCUGGAGAGGACUGUACCAGGGCUGGUACCGCCUGGGGCCCAGUUGGUGCUGCCCUGGGAGGCCUGGACUGGGACUACUCAACACCAAAACCAGGUGUACUGAAGCAGAGGAUGCUAACCUGAGUCACAAUCACUGCAAUUAAAUAAAUACAUCUGAAUUUUAACACUGACUGAUGCUUUAGUGAAACCAUUAGCUGGUGGUUGUUGCAGUGGAUGACUGAAGAUUCUGUUACAAACAUGAAACCUGUGCAGUAAGACAAGAAAUCCUGCUGGAACUUUGAACAAACAAAUGGACAGUGUGCUUUCAAAAAUGUAUCUGUACACCAAACACGUUAUCGUAAUGUAUGUCAAUGCAACUAACACGUGCUGUAGUUUCAAAAAAAGCAAGGAGUCACAGUGGACAACAGGAGAGAU